AUGGCGAUCGCUGACCUCGACGAAGCCCAAUACGCCGAAUGCCGGGAGGUCUUCUGCUACUUCGACGCGAAGGGAGACGAAAAGAUUGCCAUAUCCCAGGUCGGUGAUGUGCUGCGUGCGCUCGGCCAAAAUCCUUCCGAGAACGAGAUCACCACUUGCUGCCACACGUGGAGCGACUCAAACUCGCGCAUCUCCUUUGAGGAAUUCAUCCCCAUGUACCAGACCGUUUACAAGAAGCGUCAAAAGAACAGCGUUGAGGACUUUGUCGAAGGUCUCUCGCAUUUCGACAAGGAGGGCAAUGGGAUGAUCAACGUCGCCGAGCUGCGCCAUUUGCUGACGACUCUCGGAGAGAAGCUCAGCGACGAGGAGGUCGACCAACUGUUGGCCGGACGUAGCGAUACCCACGGGAACAUCAACAUUUCCGACUUUGUCCGCCAAGUCAUGAAUUCU